CCCAAAUAGCCGUAGCAGAAAAAGAUCAUUUACUUAUUCCUGAAUCAGUUGAUACUGAAAUAUAUAAUAAAGGUGAAGAACCUAGUGAAGUUGAUAACAGAAAUUCAAUAGAACAACCAAGUAUAAAUUUGGUACCCCAAGCCCUUCAGCUAGUUAAAAAUUGUCUCACAC